UGUUCGAUGUAGAAGUUUAUAAACAAAGUUCAUUGACAUAAUUGCGUACUGAUGUGUGCACACUGAUACUUUGAUUCUCGUACUCGUAAACGUUUAUAAAUACAAGCUGCUUCUUCUGAAGCAUAUAGAAUACAAAAUACAGAUCCUGUAUUGUGCAUCUAAACUUACACAAUUAUUGUACAACUGUAUUCGCUCAUUCUAAAUCAAAGUCACAGCAAAGCUGCCAAGAAAAACAACAUCGGGCACAUAUCGUUCCGGAUCAGCCAAUCUAAAAGCUGAAAAAACCUACCCGUAUCGGUACAUUAUUAUACUUGUACCGAUACGGGUAUUAAAGGAUAUACAGAAAUUUGGGGAAAACAUCACUGAUAUCGAGAUUCAUGUAUGAUACCUUUGAUAGCCACUACCAAGCCACAAUCGGGAUUGAUUUUUUGAGCAAAACAAUGUAUGUCGAUGAUCGGAUUGUGCGACUGCAGCUGUGGGACACUGCCGGCCAGGAACGCUUCCGCAGUCUAAUCCCUAGCUACAUUCGGGACAGCACCGUCGCGGUUAUUGUAUAUGAUAUCACAAAUGCUACAUCGUUUCAGCAGACAUCGAAAUGGAUUGAGGAUGUCAGAAAUGAGCGGGGAAACGAUAUUAUAAUCAUGCUUGUCGGGAAUAAAAGCGACCUAGCUGACAAUCGUCAAGUUGAAACGGAGGAAGCGGAAAGAAAAGCCAAGGAGCAAAAGGCCAUGUUUAUCGAAACUAGCGCGAAAACCGGAUACAAUAUAAAACAGUUAUUCAAAAAAGUUGCCACGUCCCUGCCGGGAAUGGAUCCUGUGGAAGAGCGGACACAGGAGGAUGUUGUGAAACUCCGAAAAGUCGACCAAAAUGUUGCCUCCAACGAAGGCGGUUGCUACUGUUACUCAAAAUUAUUUAAAUGAUCACCAUAAAUUCGGAUGCCAUCUGCACGAUGAUUAUACGCUUUUUCAUGGUUGGAGCUACUUAAGCGUCGAUUCAUCUCGGCAAAAUGUUAAAAAAGGCUUUUUACUACUUUCUAGUUCUAGAAUCUAAAUUAUUAAUUGACAAUUUUUGGGACGAAAAAAUUUAACACAACCACAUGUCGUAGUGCGCAGCAAUAUAUGUACAAUAAUGGCAGUACUAUGCUAUUAAGGCAAUAAAGCGACACGCCUACUUCCGGUGCUACGUCACGAUAAGGCAAGCCAUCCACCAGCGCAAUGCUUUACGGCUCGUAUGCUCCGUAGGUUGUU